UAAUUUCAAAUCUGCCAUCGAAAACAAUGAGUAUAUGCUUGUAGAAUUUUUCGCGCCGUGGUGUGACGCCUGUAAAGAUCUUGCACCAGAAUAUGCAAAGCUAGCUACUGAAUUGAAGAAAGAAAAGUCGCCAAUCACACUAGGCAAGGUUGAUGCCUCAAUUCAAACAGAACUCGUUUCUACUUAUAAAGUGCGUAGCUAUCCAACAUUGAAAUUCUUCGUAAAAGGCAAACAUUACGAAUAUGAAGGAGUUAAUGAUGUUGCUACCAUCGCUGCUUGGAUUGUGAAUAAGAUUAUAUCUCCAGUUAAGGAACUUACUUCCACCAAUGAGCUUAAAGAAUUCCGGGAUUCUGCAGAAAUUACCGCUGUUGCUUACUUCAGUGUAUGUGCACUUUCCAACUUUGUUUAUUACAAAUACAUACUAGAGAUCGGAUAUUUUGAAGAGCCUGGACCUGGACUCUGGGGUUUGAUUUAUUGA